CCCCGGGCUGUUCUUGUUUCCGGUGUGUGUGUCUCUGGAGACACGCACGUUUGCAUGCUUCCUUAACUGCGCUUCGGAGAGGGGCCAGAAUCCUCGGGGAGGGCAGAGAGCCCCGGGCUGAGGUCCAGUGUCCACAAGCCUCUGCACAGUGUUCUGAGUUUGAAGCCCAGAGGAGUUCCCUGCUCCGCACAGCCAGGGACAGAGGUAGAAGAAAAGAAGCCCUGGCGUAAGGCAGGUGACAAACAUUACCAUCCUAGCUGUGCACGAUGCAGCAGGUGCAACCAGAUGUUCACAGAAGGAGAGGAAAUGUAUCUUCAAGGUUCUACCGUUUGGCAUCCCGACUGUAAGCAGUCCACCAAAACGGAGGAAAAGCUGCGGCCACCAAACACCCAUCGUUCUCCAUCUGAUUUCUUUUAUCCUAAAAGCCUGAUUCGACGUACAGGACGAUCCCCGUCUUUGCAGCCCACCAGGACCUCCUCUGAAAGCAUUUAUUCUAGACCAGGCUCCAGUAUCCCUGGCUCCCCAGGUCAUACCAUCUAUGCAAAAGUCGACAAUGAAAUCCUGGAUUACAAGGAUUUAGCAGCUAUUCCCAAGGUCAAGGCGAUUUACGACAUCGAACGUCCAGAUCUUAUUACCUAUGAGCCUUUCUACGCUUCAGGCUAUGAUGACAAACAGGAGAGGCAGAGCCUGGGAGAGUCUCCAAGGACUUUGUCCCCGACUCCAUCAGCAGAAGGCUACCAGGACGGUCGGGAUCGGGCGAUCCACCGGUCCACGAGCCAGGGCUCCAUCAACUCCCCCGGGUACAGCCGGCACAGCUACACUCCGACCACGUCUCGCUCUCCCCAGCACUUCCACAGACCCGAGCUGCUGUCUCCUGGUGUGCAGAGGUUGAACUUCCUGCGCACCAGCAGCUUCAGCUCCACCCACAGCGACUCCCGCCCCAACUCCCCCUUCAGACACCACUUCCUUCCCCAUGUCAAAGGCAAUGAGCCGUCCAGCGGCCGGAACUCCCCUCUCCCUUACCGGCCAGACAGCCGCCCUCUAACUCCAACUUACGCUCAGGCCCCUAAACAUUUCCAUGUUCCAGAUCAAGGGAUCAACAUUUACCGAAAACCACCCAUCUACAAACAACAUGAUGCAGCUGCCUUGGCAGCCCAGAGCAAGUCUUCAGAAGACAUCAUCAAGUUUUCCAAGUUCCCAGCAGCCCAGGCUCCAGACCCCAGCGAGAUACCAAAGAUUGAGACGGACCACUGGCCUGGUCCCCCCUCACUUGCUGCCGUAGGAGCUGACACAAGACGCAGAUCUAGCGGCCGAGAGGAAGAUGAUGAGGAACUGCUGAGACGCCGGCAGCUUCAAGAGGAGCAGUUAAUGAAGCUCAACUCAGGCCUGGGCCAGUUGAUACUGAAAGAAGAGAUGGAGAAGGAGAGAGAGAACCGGGAGAGGUCCACCCUGGCAGCCAGUCGCUACGAUUCUCCCAUCAACUCGGCUUCACAUGCUCUGUCGUCUAAAACCUCAUCUCUCCCAGGCUAUGGAAGAAAUGGGCUUCAUCGGCCUGUUUCUACAGACUUUGCUCAGUACAACAGCUAUGGGGAUGUCAGCGGGGGAGUGCGAGACUACCAGACCCUCCCAGAUGGCCACAUGCCAGCCAUGAGGAUGGACCGGGGGGUCUCCAUGCCCAACAUGUUGGAACCAAAGAUAUUUCCAUAUGAAAUGCUGAUGGUGACCAACAGAGGGCGCAAUAAAAUCCUAAGAGAUGUGGACAGAACCCGGCUGGAGCGCCACUUAGCCCCAGAAGUGUUUCGGGAAAUCUUUGGAAUGUCCAUCCAGGAGUUUGACAAGUUACCUCUUUGGAGACGCAACGACAUGAAGAAAAAAGCCAAACUCUUCUAAGUCCCACACGUAGACAGCCAUUCGACAAAGGACUAACCACAGCAGUGCCACAUAGGAUGUUAUAUUAAGGCCCAAAGUUGAUCGGAGAACUUGCAAACUGCUGUCCCGCAGCAACAACAGAAAGGGAAAAUCGGAUUAAAACACCCACGAGCCACAUAUUGGGCCCACCCAUGGCAGUCCUUGCCCAGAAGCAAUGGGGUGAAAACGUCUGUGUUCCCACACUCAACAGUAGCGGUCUCGUGUGACUUUUUUCCAUCACCUUAUGUACGCAACAGGAGCUAUUUCUUUUGUUUCCUUUCAGCUGUUGUCCAACCAUAGUGCUGACUGUACGGAUAAGAGCCAGCAAGUGCCCUUAGGAUGCCGCAUGGAAAAAAGCAAUUGUUGCAACUCCAGAGUCUGAGUAUAUUUAUUAAGUAGUGCCGAGGCUGAGAAGGAAGAGCUGGAGGGACAGAGUCAAGGGACAGAUCCACGGGGUGGCAGCCUCUGCACACGCCUUUUUUCACGGGCUUCCUGCAGCCCUGCCCACGCUUCACCAGGAUGGAAACCAGAGUGGCGGCGGGGGGGAGGGGGGGGGUGCCCGGGGGGGGGGUGCCCCAGCAGCUCUCUUUGAAUAGCCGCCAAAGUCCCUUUUAACCAGCUCCUUGUUCCCACUGUUUGCUAGGACCUGAUGGGUGAAUUCCUUAGCUAGUAUUAAAAAGAAAAAAAAAAAUGAAGCGAAAGAGAGGGAAAAGCAGGAAUGAAAACUCUCUUGUAAGUCUUUUCCUGCUUCAGACAGGGUGUGUCCUUCGUCCUCCUCAUCAAGGACAGGAGCUGUCUUGCCUCCACCUCCGCCCCCCUCCCUCACUUUUACAAAGAAAGGGUGGCCCAGUUGUUUGCUGUUCAAUGAGUUUUGUCCAAGGGCCAUAGCACUUCCCACCCAGCAUCCUCUGCUCUCUGUCCGGCAUCUUCUAAUUCAGAUCAAGCCCCCAGUGGUUUGGGUUUGUUUGGUUUUUUUUUUUUUUUUUAAGGUCUUUUCAGUCGUAGGCUAAGGCAAAGGCAUGUUGUUCUCUUUGAAAUCUGUGCAUCUCCAAAGUAGAUUGUCUCCAACUGAUUUAAUUUGGCCUUUUCAGCUUUUCUUUCUUGCCUAGCUCUUUUGACCUCCUGGUGUGGUGUGUAUCUAUCUGUGUGUGUGUGUGUGUGUGUGUGUGUGUUCAGUUUGGGCAGUCUGCAUGUGCUUUUGCAUUCAUUCCUGCUUGAGUGUUCGUCCCACUGUGCUGCGCUUCAGAGGGACAUUUACUCAAGUGCACAUGACAAAGAUCGAGUGAGGCUCACCGCAUCCCCGACACUGUGUCCCUUGUGGGGAGGCUGUGGGUGGUUAAAAGCCAGCAUAUUCCAUGAUGGAUACAGCUCAAGUCAGCCUCAGACUGAAGCCUGCAGACCUGGGAUGAGGCUGUGUGUGGACCUCAAACUGAGUCCUCAAACUCGCAACACAAGAUUCCCAUUGGAGCCAAGGAUUACAACACGACUUGUAUGAGAGACCACACUGUGGUUCCUGAAAGCCUCUGGCUGUGACUCAGACAGGACUAGAGCCACGCCGAGGAGGGUGUCACAUUAAUUCUCAUGCUUUGGGGGUCUGCUUGAAAAUGUAAAUGCUGUUGAAAGCCAAAGGAGAACGCAUUUGAAUUCACCUGCGUAUGCCCCUAAUAAUAAAAGCUCAGACAUUCUCCCUGCUGGCACCAAGUAUUAGAAUGAGUGAGCAGCUGACAUGAGUGGUAAAAAGCAAGGAGCAUGUUCUGACCUUGUGCUGCAGACAUCACUUGUGAUCCUGUCUAGCGACUGGGUGCUGUGGCCAACAGUGCAAUUGCUUCACAUAUUCAAUUGCAAUUGUAUUCUCUGCUCUUCCCUGAGAAAUCUAAAGUUGCUUGACCUUUCAGUGCUAGGCAUGGGAUGUUUGAGGACUGUUCUCACAAAUAAAUGUGUGUGUGUGUGUGUGUGUGUGUGUGUGUGUGUGCGCGCGCUUGUAUGACCUAUUAACAUAUAUAGCAAAGGGCUUUGGCCAGGUGAAGGGAAGAGACUAGCCCAUCCUUGAACUGAAGGCAGAUUGCAGCCCAAAGCUUUGCCCCUGACACAUUAGUUGCCUCUUGCUUCAUUCCAUGCACCCACUGUCCCAUCUUCUCUCUGAUGUCUCCUGUAUUGGCAGCCUCACCUGCGUGUCCUCAUCCUUGCUGCACUCUGGCAAAGUGUGUGGAGUGGGGACCACGGCAUAAUCCCAGUGUCUCCCUGCCUUGAUCAAGAACAAAGAUGGCCAGAUGGAUCCUAGGGCUCAGCUGGUGGAGAGGUUUUCUUCACAGUGGAGCUAGUAAAGGACCCUCAGUGGUUUUCAUUGGCAAAUGAAUUAUAACCCAUGUCCUUGUGGAUCAAGUGUCAGUGUAUGAAAAAUUGCAGUGAUAGUUAAAGAACCGAGCCCUAAGUUUGUACCUACUAAUGAAACUCUGUUUGGCUUGUAGAACUUUUAAAUUUAGUUCUGCAUCCACCUUGUGGGGGUGGGGGGAAGCUUCUUUCCAUAUCAAAUGUAUUAUUAGCUAAUUUAAACUACACGCAAAAAUGCAUUGCCAGAAAAUGCCAGUGGCUUCCUGGCUACAAGCAGAGCAGUGCUGUGUUCUGGGGAGGGGGCACUGGAAACUAUAGUGCAGCGUGGGCUCCCCAACCUCUCUCCCCAGGAGAAGGCUCCAGCCAGAGGGAGAAGCCCCAACCCAGAUCAAUGGGCAGCAACGCCCUGUCUGUUUGGUUGAAUUGAGUUCAGCAUGCUUUUCCAGAAAAUGUCCAGGUCGCUGCACAGGAAAUCAGUGUUCUCUGUUUGAACCCUACCCGGCAUAAAAAAUUCCAGUUGUCAACACUGGAUUAUUGACUCUAGGAAAGGAAGUAUACACAGGGCAAGCUUCCCUGGUGCAUACAUAAAAGGCUAAGUUUUUGAGCAUCGGGCUUGCUAGUGACUCUUAAAGCACACCCUGAUGGCAUGAACAAACCUCUAUGACGGCACAAAGAUCAGUGCUUCCUUUAAAGUUUCUUCCAGAAAAGCCAGGAGAACAUUUAGUCUUCCAGUGUGAUUUAUGUUGAGACAUAAUAAAGAGCCUUUGGAAACUCGUGCAGCUCGCUAUGCGUCUGCAUUUGGGUUUGGGGUUCCUUAUGAAACGUUCUUAGUGUGACUUCUUCAAUUACGAAAGAUAAGCUGCCUGUUCUCUGAGACCUCGAACAAAAAAGCUUGAGUCAGUGGGUCCUCAGGUGCAAAGGAAAAAAAAAAAAAAAAAACGAUUUCUAUCAUGUCCUCUGGUCUCUCCACUCCUCCUAAUUCUGUUGUUUCCAAGCUGUUUCCUCUUCCAAGGUGAGGCUGGAACAGCCCCCUUUUCACUCCCCAUCCUCUGAAUCUAGGGAUUCAAUCAACUCUACUCAGAAAAGUCUUGCUGGAAAUGUGUCUAAAACUUUCACCCAAUUUCUUAAUACUUUUCAGCCAACACCUUUUUUCUAAAGAAUUGCUUCUCAGAUGAUUAUGUAAGGUAGAUACGCUUUUGCAAGUUUAAAAAUUCAAAUGAACCCCUUUAGACUAUGUAGGUCUUUCUAAAACCUCUUGAUGGCAAACUCGGUGCCAGCGUGCUCCUGCGUGUUGAAGGGGCAGGUGGCCCCUCCAGCUGAGGGCACCCCGAGCCCUCUUUCUGACCAUCAGGAAGGACAGUGGGAGGAAGAGGAACUCUCUGCCAUCAACCCUCCUGCGUCCUCUGAAGUAAGCUCAGUCAUUACCAAGCUCCUGGUCUAUUUCUGGUUACUGUUUAAUCUGUACUUCCUAGGACAGCCUUGAUUUUAUUUGACUUUUAAAAUUAACCAAGUGUUUGUCAGGAGCCCUAAAACUCACUUAUUAAUACCCCCUUUUGGCGGAUGGUCUAUCCAGGAAAAAAAAAAAAAAGAUGAUUUCAGGCUUGAGAUUUUAGUGACAUCACUUUAUCGUGGCUAUGUACAUUAAAGGAACUACCUAAUCAUGUUGUGAUGAAAGAAAGAGAAACUUUUACUUUGGCAUUAAAAAAAAAAAAAAAUCGCUGUCUUUUUGUUUGCUGCCCGAGACGCAGUGGGGAGACGGUGAAUGAUGCGCUUGGCACAGGGAUCUUUGUGUUUUUCGUCGGGGCAAGUUUCCUUUCUGACAAAUUCAACAGGAAAGGGGGAGGUGGUCUUUUAAACUGAGAGAAACUUUCUAAAUAAUAUAUGUGUACACAGCAAAUUAAACCGAUCUCAUCUUUUCUGACGCGUCGUGUAAUUGAGUGGCAAUUGUCAUCAUUAAAUAAAAGUCUUCCCAAAAGUCUCUCCCAAGAGUGACGGUGCCAUGAGUCGCUUUCUGAGCCCGUUCAGCAAAGGUAGAGGAGACAGACUGCAGACACGAAGGCAGCCAGCCGCUUAGCGACUUGUCUAUGGCUACGGACAAGACGACAAACAUCCGCGGGACUCGUGUUCUUUGGGUGUGUUUUGUACAGACUCGUUCAGUAAUAAAUGUAUGUGGUUUCUGGAAGUUGCCAACAGCCCUGCAUCGAAGCUCUUGCAGUUCUUUCAUUUUUAAGUUGGGUUUAAUGGAAUUUUUGAAGGCAUACUCUUCUUCCUGCCUCCCCCACCCCCGCCCCAUCCCUUCCAGAAACACAAAAGCCAAUGUUUGGAAGAAAUGCUGUUUAAAAGAUGUAUCGUGUCCCCCAUGAAAGUAAGUGGGUGUCUGUCAGGGUCCCGAGUGCCACGUACCAGUGUGCAGAGGCGGGUGGCCCUGGGCCCUGGAUGCUGUGCUUAACGUGCCCAACCUGCUCCACGCUCCUGUUGAAAGCAGCACCUGCUGCCCCUCUGCCGCUGUCCUACGUCACUAUUGUCCUCCCAACUCAGUGAAUAAAGCAUCUUUAUUCGUAA